AUGACACUGAUAAAGUUAAGCGAUGGCAACAAAAUGCCUCAAAUCGGUUACGGAACUUGGUUAAUUGAACCCAAGCAGGCUCGCGAAUUAGUCUUGAAAGCUUACGAAGUUGGUUACCGUCACAUUGAUACAGCGCAAGUGUAUAACAAUGAGUACGAAAUCGGACAGGCGAUUGAAAAAUUAGAGCGUCACAAACUUUUCAUCACCACUAAAGUUUGAUUGCCCAACUACAACAGCGAGGAGAUUUUCAUUAAAUCGGUGCGACAGUCCUUAGAACGCCUGAAAGUUAGGCAUGUUGAUUUGUUGCUUUUGCAUUGACCAGUAAAAGGUAAAAAUGUCCAGGCUUACCGCUACUUAGAAAAGGCCAAAGACUUAGGACUGACGAAAAGUAUCGGUGUUUCCAACUUUAUGAUUAACCACCUUGAGGAAAUUUUGGCGAUUGCACACCACAAGCCAGUUGUCAACCAAAUUGAAUUCCAACCGCUCGUUCAGCAGAAAGAACUAGUUAAAUUUUGUCAAGAACACGACAUCGCCGUGACUGGUUAUUCCAACUUAAAAUCUUACUUAGACGGUCGGAUGACAGCCCGUGAAAACGCCAUUUUAACGGCCAUAGCCCAAGACAUUAAGCGGAGCGUUCCCCAGGUAAUUUUGCGCUGGGUUUACCAAAGCGGCUUAAUUUUAAUCCCGAAAAGUUCGUCCGGAACGCGCAUGGCUGAGAACUUGACAGUCGAUAAUUUCAGUUUAACCGCCGAGCAAAUGGAGAAAAUUAAUUCGCUUGACCAUGGCGACUACGAUAAGGCUGAGCAAAUUUACCUUGGUCAUUCUUGA